CCCUUGCCUACUUCUGUUUAAUUCCAGCUUGCAUGAUAAUGAGCUGGAGGAAGCAGGGAUCGAGGCGAUCGUUAACGUGCUUCCUGAAAUGAGAAACCUGAGAAAAGUCGAGUUGGGUUACAAUAACUCCAGCAUUGAAGGUGUUCUUCAUAUUGUAAAUGUUUUAAGGACCUGCUCCAACAUCCUGGAUAUCCAAGUCAGUGACGGUGGUUUUAUGGCAACAAUUCGAUUUUUAAAGGACUCAACAUCCAUCCCAAUGGACAGGCCUCCCAAAUCUGUGUCUCCAGUGGGACCCGAAGGCAGUCAAGAGACAGUUCUAAGCAAUCUCAGUCUUGUGAAGUGCAAAUUAACAGAGAAACACGUGCACACUCUCUGCACAAUCCUGCAACACGGUCCUCAGCUGGCAUCUCUCGAUUUGUCUCGCAACGAAUUGAAGGACAACGGCUUAAGAAAACUUGUUGAGUUCCUUCCAGAGUUUCGUAUUUCUAAAUUAAUUAACCUCAGCAACAAUGAUUUCUCUGCAAAUUGCAUUCUCUGCUUGGUAACAGUGCUAAAGGAAAACCUCAACGUGCUGGAAAUAGAAGUGAGCCUGAAAUGUCCCCAGACUGUACUAAUUAAGUUUACAGAGCACCGUGAAGGCACUGACUGCAGAGAUGAACGAAUUGUCCAGCUGAUGGAUUUUAGACUGAGCAGCACUGGAGAUUCAAGGAGCAAACCAACACGGUUGAGAAAGUUAAGUCUGACCAGCUGUUGCUUUCAACCAAAGCAUUUGGAGGAAUUGAUCUGCACACUUGAGAAUUGCAGUGAUCUAUCAGAAUUAGACUUAUCUGAUAACUCACUUGGAGACAGAGGGUUCAGCAAGUUAGUUGAGUUGCUACCAAAGCUGCAUGUUGGAAGACUCAUCAAUGUCAGCAAUAACUUCAUCACAAUGACUAGCGUCUUUUGCUUGACUAAAUGCAUGAACAAGAUCAGGAACCUAACAGAGGUGGCAAUAAGUUUGGGGAAGCGUGGAAAAGGAUUCAUCAAGUUCCAUGGGGAUCACAGAUUUCAAAAGGAAAGGAAAGAUGGAAAACAAGGCUUAUGUCUUCCGAAGAAAAUAAGCCUCGAAGAGUGUGAAAUAGAUGGUGAGACCAUGAGGCAGCUCUGCUUGAUCCUUAAAACAUGUUCUGCACUUACAGAGCUUGACUUAUCAAAUAACGCACUGAGUAAUGAGGCCAUUGCUGAGCUGCUCCAUCACCUACCAGAUCUGCAAGACUUGGAGACUUUGAAUAUCACGGAUAACAGCAUCCCAUCAGACACUGUUCUUCUGCUGGCAGAGUCUCUGAACUUCUGUGAAAAUGCUCAGGAAGUAGAAGUGAGAUCAAGUGGAAGAGCUUCAAUAAACUUUGCAAAGAAAGGUGGCAGGCUUGAAGGAAGCAGGAAGAAAGCAGGAGGUCCAUGCUCAAGGAUUCUCAGCCUGAGGGAGUGCCAUCUGCAUAAAACGAGUAUGGAGCAACUCUUCAAGACUCUUGAGCGCUGCAAGAACCUGGCAGAAGUAGAUCUGUCCUGCAACUUUCUCGAAGAUGAAGGAUUGCGGAGUCUGCGAGAUUUCUUACCAAAGCUGCACGUUUUGAAGCUAUUAGAUGUGAGCAACAACAGGAUCUCCCCAACUGGCGUCCUGUACCUGGUGGAAUCUCUCAAUACCUGCAAGAAUGUGGUGGAGGUUGAAGUGAGCUUGGCGUUAAAUGGAAAAUCUUUUAUAAAAUUUGCAACGAGGUGCGAAAAGAAGGUGUGCAGCGUGAAGGAAUGCAACUUGAAAGGGAAAGACCUGCUGAAAUUCUUCUCCAUUGUUGGACGGUGCACCCAUUUGACAGAGCUAAAGCUCACCAGCAACGCAAUGGGGGACGAAGACAUGAGAAACUUAGUGGAGGUCGUGGGCAAUCUCAGACACCUGGAGGAACUCGAUCUGCAGAAAAAUGGGAUAUCUCUCGCUGCUGUAGAAAACCUUUUUGUGGCACUGAAAUAUUCUCCUAAAACACUAACAGUGAGGUUUGAAGAGCAGUGGAUACAUGGGGCCGAUGCUGUUAACCUUGUCAUGAAACGUGUCCAAACCCAGCUGAACAUUGCAGAAGUUAGGAUAAAGAAGAAUCAAGCUUUAAUAAAGCUGAUGGCCGAUGGCUGGGAAACCUCUGAUAGCACCAGAAUAUUCAAUGAAGUAACGUAUCCUUCCCUGGGGAUAAUCAGUUUGCAACAAUGCGGCAUGGAGGCACUACACCUUGUACAUCUCUCAUCCAUCAUCAAACGAUGUCCCCAUCUAAUGGAGCUCCAUUUAUGCCAAAAUAACUUUGGCAACGAAGGGGCAGAAAUACUUGCUGAAGUCCUUCAGGUUGUCCGGGGGCUGAGGAAUCUCAGCCUGGAGUCGACCAACAUGAGCAACACAGGGAUGAUGACACUGAUGGCAGGUCUUUGUAAAUGCCACAGCCUUGAGGAGCUAAACUUGUCACACAACGAACUGGGGGAGGAGAGUGUCAGUGAACUGGGAAAAAUCCUUCCGGGCUUGGAACAACUGAAGAUAAUCAAUCUGAAGUCUAACUCCAUUGGUUGCAAAGGGGCAGCGGACCUAGCAAAUGGACUGAAAUACAGCACAGUAAUGGGAGAAAUCAAUUUAUCAGACAAUUGUAUGGGGAAUGUGGGAGCAAUGAAGCUGGCUGACGUACUGCCCAUUAUGAAGAGCUUGAAGAUACUGAACCUGACCCAAAACAACAUCACAGCAAUUGGUGGACAGAGACUGGCGGAAGCCCUCAGACAGUGCCCAUCAGUGGAAGAGGUUGAUUUGUCCAGGAACAAGAUUGGCGAUCAAACCGCAAUGGAGUUAGCCAAAGCCCUUCCAAAGAUGCUUCAUUUAAAGAUUCUGAACCUUCACUGCUGUGGCCUUGGUACCGGUGGUGGGUUAAGCCUGGCACAGGGCCUUGUGUUGUGCCCAACCCUCCAAGAGAUAAGCUUAGCUGAAAAUAACAUUGGGAAUGAAGGAGUAUCGGAGCUUGCGCUGGCACUGAGAAGCUUGAAGUCGUUAAAGAAGCUGAGCCUCCAGUUGAACAGGGUGGAUAACAGCAUGGCCAAGGAGCUUGCAACGGGGCUUGUUUGCUGUCUCGCUCUUGAAGAGGUCAUUUUGUCCUGGAAUAACAUCAGUGACGAGGGGGCAACCUGGCUGGCGGAGGUUCUGCCCAGAAUGCGGUGUUUAAAAAACCUGGACCUGGAAGGGAACAAAAUCACGUCAGCUGGAGCCGAGAAGCUGGCAGCUCGGCUUUGGCAGUGUUCCUCGAUUGAGGUCAUUCGAUUGUGGAAGAACAAUAUACUCAAGGAGAGAGCACAGAGCCUUUGGGAACGAGACUCAAGACUACAUAUCUUCCCGGUUUACAGCAGUACUCUAUAACACUGCGAGAUCUUUCAAAUUUAAGUUAAGAUUCCAACCUUAAAGUAUGAACCCAAUUCCUGUCCCAUCCAACUAAAUGGAAAGUUUCACUUAGUUUCCCUUGACUCUGCACAUAGUGUUAACAUGGAAUAUUAUUUGCACUAUUUCAUACACUUUCACUUUAUACUUUUAAUAUAUUUAUUGUUUUUAUUUUAACAUAUUUUUACACUGCUGUUGUCAAAAGCUAUUUUGCACUGAAGCAAAUAAAUGAUAUUGUUUAUUUAAUGAAUUUGUCCCUCUUUAUUCUCCCUACUUAUUUUUCACUUUGUGUGCGUGCAAUUGAGUUACUGCGAAAGCUAUAGGUCACUGUAUACACGUUAAAGAUGGGUCUUGGAUACCAAGCCUUUUUCUGCCUGUCAUUCCAAAGGACCUUGUGUGGAGUUUCCACCUUCCUCCUGUGAGAGAUCCCUGGCAUCAGGCUUAAUCCUAACCAGACUCUCUCGGCCACCAGAUUGUCAACAGGCAAGCAAGAUUUAAACAUGCAAGCGAAUUGCUGAAUUUCCAAUGUGGAAGAUGAAGGCUGUGCUUUUCUUUCCUUAAUUGAACAUACGAUAGUUAACAUUCAAAUAUAUCACAUUUCAAAGAAAACUUCCAUUAAUUUGGCACACAAACUUUACAUCAAAUAAGGAAUUUAAUACUGAAGAAGGGUCUUCACCUGAAAUGUCACCCAUUCCUUCUCUCCAGAGAUGCACCUGUCCUGCUGAGUUACUCCAGUAUUUUAUAUCCAUCUUUAGGGUUUAAGCAGCAUCUGCAGUUCCUUCCUGCACCCUUUCAAGUACAGUGGGUGUGAAGGAUAAGCAUUCCCCUUGGUCAAAUUUCUUUCCUAUUUAACAUUGUAGAAUAUUUAACAUUGUAGCUGUGGAGGAAAUUCUUGAUACUUAGCGGUGACAAUUUUUAGUUGUUUUAUGGCCCUGUCCCACUGUACGAGUUCAUUCAAGUGCUCUCCCGAGUUUAAAAAAAAAAUCAAAACUUGUGGCACGGAGAAUGAAUGUAGCGGGUACGUCGGAGCUCGGCGACGUCUCUUAGUGGCUCGUAACGCUAAUGGGAGGCACUCGGGAAACGCGGUAAGUGCGGUAAGACUCGUGAAGAUUUUUCAACAUGUUGAAAAAUGUCCACGAGAGCCCCGAGUACCGACGAGUGGCCAUUACCGUAAAUCUCCCGAGUUCAAAUCAGGGCAAACUCGGGAGAACUCUUUGAAUUAACUCAUACAGUGGGACAGGGCUUUUAGGCAUCCAGCAUUUUUAUAGAUCGGCUUUAAGGUUAGAGGUCUGUGGCCUCUUUCUGCACAAUCCCUUUAGGAUUUAGCUGGGUGUAGAUACUUCUUCCUGCUUUUGGUAAACAUCCUUUCCCUUCAUUCUUGCCAUCCCAUAACCGUUUAGAACUAGCGUCUAAUGAGGGAGAAAAAAAUACAGUGUGAUUGUAUUCCUGCAAUAGGCUUGCAACAAGAUCUCUUCACCAAAAGCAAUUGGCCAGCUUAACCCAACUACGAUAAGCAUGUACAUUAUGAUCGGUGUCAAGCCUCCUCAAUCUAUCCUCAUAUAACAAAGAUAUUCUCAAUAGGUAGAAAUCAAACAGUUCAGACACAAAUGAUUGAAAUGGAAGCUAAUAAUAAAUACACUGCCGGAAUUGAUUGUGUGUUUGUGUGCUCUUCCUCUCUAUCCUUUUAAGGCUUAUUUCAUGCUUUUGGUAAAUCCGGUUAUGUAAUCAAGAGUCAACAAUGUUUAAUUGUCAUAUGUACCAACAACAGAACAAUAUGAUUACAUAGAAACAUAGAAACAUAGAAAGUAGGUGCGAGAGUAGACCACCAGGUCCGUCGAGCCCGCACCGCCAUUUGCUCAUGGCUGAACACUAAACAGACACACUUACCACAAACAGUAGACACAAGACACAGAACACAAGACACUACCCUCCCCUUUAUACCUCUAU